AUGCGUGGUUAUAAUUUUAAAACAAUGUUUUUCCAAACCUUACUUCUACUAAUUUGCUACAAGGAUAAUGAAAGGAAACAUAUUUCCGUUGUUAAUUUCACAUCGGCAUGUGCGCCGCAUUUCCAAUUGUCUUUGGCUAACCCGUUAUUGUGGUCACAGUUCGGCAGGAAUGACAUUGUCGAUGGGGAAAGAUACGAUAAGGAAACUGAGCGUCGUUCACAAUGGACAACGGCUGAUUGGCUGGUGAAGCACAAAUACGCCGUAGAACUACAUAACAUCACCACGGCUGACGGCUAUGAGCUUCUGUUGCAUCGCAUACCCAAACCAGGCAAUCAGCCGGUUUUGUUGGUACAUGGUUUGUUGACAUCAUCACUCGCUUGGGCACUACUCGGACCGGGAAAGAGUCUAGCCUUUCUGCUGGCCGACCGCAACUACGAUGUUUGGCUUGCAAAUUUUCGAGGCUCUCCAUAUGCACGCAGUUACACGCAACUCGGGAGCAAAACCCUGGACUAUUGGAGUUUCAGCUUCCAUGAAAUGGGUGCCUAUGACCUUCCCGCCAUAAUGGAUCACAUAGAAAAAGCAACCUCUUUCCACAAGUUUAUACUAAUUGGACACUCACAGGCGCUCAAUGCAUUUUUGGUUCUCUGUUCCGUUCACCCCGAAUACAAUGAGCGCAUUUUGUUAAUGCAAGCUUUAGCCCCAAUUGUGCAGCUUCACGGUUUUGUGCGCUUCAAAUCGGAUGAUGUCCGUCGGGUGAUGCGCUAUGUUAAGAGAAAUAUUAAUAUACAAUAA